AUGGCAAUUACACGAUUCGCUGUUUUACUGGCUAUACUCCUAGUACUUUCUGUUGGAAGUAUUCACGUGUUCACGGAUGUAUUGCCAUGGAAAACAACUAUGAAAUACUCUAGUUCCAUACUUUCCGAGACAACAACAAAACAGUAUCGGUCACAUGGUGUACAAAUUGGUAAUCAAGACACAGUUGAGACUGAAACUCACACUUGGAAUGUUUCCACCGGUUUUAUAGGUAGUCGCGGACAAACCAGCGCUCUCAAAACAGAGGUGAUUUUUCUAUCUGACGUCAACUCUACUUACCAGGGCGAUAUAAUUACUUUAAGACUGCAUGCACGAGAUGACAACGGUAGAAGACGUUAUCUUGGUGGUGAUUUAUGGCGGGCAGCUAUCUACAACACGACCAGUAGGUUUGGCUCUAUGGGGAAGGUAAUCGACCAUGAUAAUGGAACAUACACAGUGCAUUUUUAUGCGGGGUUUUCAGGACAAGUGGUAGUCCAGAUUAUGUUAGUAUUACAGAGAGAAGCAAUCAAGCACCAGAAGUUAUUUUUGUUACCGAUGGAAUUUAGGGGAUAUUGGAAUGGAACUUUUCGGCAUGACGAUAUCACAGAAAAUUCGAUUUGUUUCACACAAAGAGAAGGACACUGGAACGAUAUGUGUGAAUAUCCGCAUCCUAGAGCUCUGGGAAACACUGUGUUUUUGUGUCGUCCACCUAAAUCGCUGGGAUGCAACACUCUUAUCGGCAUAUCUGCAACAAGGUCUGGCAACAAUAAAUUAAGCAGCAAUUUUACUCAUCAGUUUGAAAAACCCGAUGCUCCACGCGUCAUUAAGGGGUUCAACGAUAGACUGCUGAUACAGAGCGGUGUGAAAUCUGGUAUCAAUACCUACAGUGUACCUCGGUGUGAAUCAGACUUACUAGAACCAUUAGUUACUGGAUACUGGCUUGGCAUGAGAUGGUACUCCUUGGUCUGUCAAAACAGAGAAUGGAACCAUGCAAAAGAAGUUCAGAAAUGCUUGCAGGACAAAGACGUGUAUUUUAUUGGUGACUCCACAACUAGACAGUGGUAUCAACAAAUGUUGGACAUAGCUGGAUAUCCCAUAAAUGCCACAGAUGAUAACUGGAGGAAACGUGUUAACACAAUACCUGGUGACUACAAUGUUAGUGGGGAAGAUGCGUAUGACAUGAUAGUGACCGACUUGAAAAAUAACAUUAAUUUCACUUUUCAUCACCAUGCACUCUCACUGCACCGAUUUGUUCCAAUAUCCCGUUUUCCAUACUCUAUUGACGUUUUAGACGAACUGACUGCUCCAAAAUGCAAUUACGUCAUUGUUAUUAGUCUCUGGGCUCAUUUUGACUCUUGGACUACAGAUAGUUACACAGAGAGGCUCAGCAUGAUUGCUAUAGGUAUACAACGUCUUCGGGAGCGCUGUCCAAAUACUGUCAUUGCCAUCAAGGGCUCACAUGAAAGAAACGAUAUGUUGAACUACUGGAUACAUUACGACAUGAACCGCAUAAUGAAAGACGUAUUUAGAGGACAUGGGGUAUUUUUUAUCGACAUCUGGGAUAUGAAUUUUGCAUUUGUAGCUGCACAUCAAGGGACAAUGACUAUUCACAUGCCUAUGACAUUAAUUAAAGAGGAAGUGUACAUGUUCUUGUCACAUGCUUGUCUAAAAUAA